GAAAGGCGCGCACCCAGCGGGACCCACCCAGUACGGCUCUCCUGUCUGCUGCUGACCCGUCGUCCGCGCCGGACCCCUUGCCGCCAUGCCCAAGUGCCCCAAGUGUGACAAGGAGGUGUACUUUGCCGAGCGGGUGACUUCUCUGGGGAAGGACUGGCAUCGGCCUUGCCUCAAGUGUGAGAAAUGUGGAAAGACGCUGACGUCAGGGGGCCACGCCGAGCAUGAAGGCAAGCCCUACUGCAACCACCCCUGCUACGCCGCCAUGUUUGGGCCCAAAGGCUUUGGGCGGGGUGGCGCUGAGAGUCACACUUUCAAGUAAACCCAGGUCAUGGAAACGCUGUCCCUGGCAGCUCACCGGGCCACUGCCCUUCCAGGCUGAUUCCAGGCCCUUUCCCCAGGCACCGGGGGCUCCCCGGUAGUCUCCCUGGCCCUCAAUAAAGCUGAGCACUCAGAAGCCCU